AAUGCUGAAUGUUUUGCGGCUGAACCCGAACACCUGCACGGCUAACACGGGCAUUGAAACACUGCUAGAGCCAAAGUCAAAGCACCGGGGGUGUGUUGGCUUCCUGCUGUACAUCGGUGCACCGACACUGCUGACAUUCAUGGCGAAGAGACGAGCCGACGACCCCCUGCUUCACGACUCUCCCUCCAAACGAUGCUGCCCCUCUCUGUGCACUGUUGACAUGCAGCUGGGAAGCAUGGCCCCGACCGGGGGUGUGAGCCCGCCGUCCCUGCUGGCUUUACUGGGCAGCCGCUCCAGAAAGAGGCCGUACUACUUCGAGGAUCCAGAGAAACAAGAAGAAACGGCUAUUUAUCGCAAGGCCACACACUGCGACACUAGGAAGCCUGCCGCAAGUGUUUUGACGGUGCAGACUUCUGGAAGUUUCCAGGAGCGUCGCGGCUCCAGCGCACUCACAAGCUGCAAGAAACGAGCUCGAGAGGACUGCGUGGGUUCAGAGACUGUUACCCCUAAAGCUAAUGAUAAAGCUAACGAAGACGCCAACACUGAGGACUGCACUUAUAACUCCUUCCAGUACUGGAGGGCCCCCUUACCUGAACUUGACCUUUCACUGCUAGAAGAUACCAAUGACCAUUCCCCCAAAAAAGACAAAGAGUCCUCCUCUGAUGCCAUGGAAACCUGAAGGUGAUGGCCGUUUCCUCUGUCCUGACAUCAGCAGGCAUGAUGAAAAUGUGAUGCUGUUCAGCAGAUAGACACGUCAGAAGCACAUUAGGGUUGCUUGAAAGUGCAUCCAGGUGAGAUGCAACCAUCUGAUGCUGCAGGCUGCCAUGGUAGCCCUGUCAGAGUGAUGCAGGCUGUAGUCAGUGAUCCUGGUGUAAGAUCUCAGUGACCUGGGGAAGUGACAGUGAAGUCUGCGCUGCAACAAAAUGUUCAUACUGGGGACCAGAGACUUCUUGUAAACCUCGGUGAAACUGUUUUUAUUUGAAAUGGAAAAUGGCUUUUUCUGUAUGAAAAGGAUUUUAUACAGCAGUUUAUGUAAUGUUAAAUAAAUGAGGUAUGAGAAGCUGGGUCUGCACAUAGCAGUUCAUUUUAUAAACACUGUAAUGUCGUUCACAGCGUGUUUGGUUCAACUGUUUAGUGUUUGACUGAGGUGUAGAUGUUGUUGGAAAUACACAUU